AUGGACCGGUCUAUUGUGUGUGUAAGCGAGUUUAUAAGUAAAUAUAAGAUCUCUGAAGAAGUCUGCCUUCGAUUUUUGCCCUGUGAAAAUGACGUGUGUGUUGUGUCACAGGAGGAGUUCGAACGGUUUCGUAACUCGAGAAAGAGACGUGCAAUCGAUAUUUUGGAACGCCAGCCAGUGUCGAAGAAGCAAGUGACAGAGUACGGCGACCUGCACCCGCAUAUGGGAAGCCUGAGUGCGACACUUGGGUCAUUGGGAUCUUCACUUUCGUGUUCCGAGUUUACAGAUAAAUCGGUGGCAGACACUUCGUUUGAGCUCUUGGAAUCGUCAUUUCUGCUUUGUUCAGACGGAACUGCCACAGGAGGCCAUAGCGAUGUGCAUAUCAUCGAAAGCAGCGAAUUCCAGCCCUUGGACUCACAGAGGAGUAGCCCCCCGCCAAUAAGCGGCUGA